UAAUCCUGCUGUCCUCAAUCUGUGCCUGUCUGCCGGAGGAAGCGACAGGACGGGUAGCCUACACUCUGCUCUGCGACCAAACUUUGUCGGCUCCAACCGCAUCAAACACACCGGCUUCAGGCAGGGAGUUUUUCCUUCUUUAUCGCGCCUGCUGGAAAGCAACAGAUCGACAGUUCAGUUUGUGAAGACGUCGGAUUCACUCGGAGUUAAUCCUGUUCACUGGAGGGUUUUAAAUAUCUGCUGGCGCUGCCAUGAGCGCUGCGGAAAACCCAGACACCGACUCCGACAAACUGGAGUCUGUGAUACAGAGGCUGGAGGAGAGUGUUCUGUCUGAGGAGAAGAGGCUAACCGUCCGGGGUUCUUCAGCAGACACCCCCCCUACAUGUCUACCUGCACGAGUACGAGAGAUUGUCACAAAGAACCUCAACGAUAGCUCAGCCGGGGCCAUGUCCUCCGUUAUGUCCCUCCAGGAGGAGAACCGGGUGCUGCAGGGAGAGCUGGCGAGGCUGGAGGACCUGCUGGCACACAGCAGAGCCGACCGAGACGAGCUCGCCAUCAAGUACAGUGCAAUUAGCGAGAGGCUGGAGCAGGCGCUACGUUUUGAGACGGGAGACGGGGACCAUGAUUCACCGGAGUCACGCAGCGUGGCGCAGCAGAACCUGGAUUUACGCCGGCGGCUGGAUGAGGAGCAGGCGGCCUACAAGCGUAAACUCACUGCGUACCAGGAGGGUCAGCAGAGGCAGGCGCAGCUCGUGCAGAAGUUGCAGGCCAAGGUACUUCAGUACAAAAAGAGGUGUGGGGAUCUAGAGCAGAUGGUGCAGGAGCGGUCCUCAGAGUUGGAGAAACACAGGUUAAGUAGCCACAGUGAAUCCUCAAAUGGUUGUCAUCAAGACGAAUCAAGCAGCAACCUCGAGGAUGCUUUAAUCCGUCUGGAGGAAGAACAGCAGAGGAGCAGCAGUUUGUCUGCGGUGAAUGCCAUGCUGAGAGAGCAGCUAGAGCAGGCCAGUUUUGCCAAUGAGGCUCUCAGUCAGGACAUCCGCAGGCUCACUGCUGAUUGGACGAAAACCAGGGAGGAACUGGAACAAAAGGAGUCUGACUGGAGGAGAGAAGAGGAGUCUUUCAACAGUUACUUCAGUACUGAGCACAGUCGACUGCUGACGCUAUGGCGGCAAGUAGUCGGGUUUCGGCGGCAUGUCUGUGAACUGAAGAGCGCCACUGAAAGGGACCUGUCAGAUAUGCGUAAUGAGCUGGCUCGGACGUCCCAUUCUGCUCAGGCGUCUUGUGCAGGUCUGUCAGCCACCCUGCACACCCGGGAGGGAGGAGCAGCUCUGGCCCUGGAGCAGGAGAAAGCUCUGCGGGUUCAGCUCGAGCAGAAGCUGAGAGAACGAGUGGCAGAGAUGAUGAAUCUUCAGACCAGAACAGACGCAGAGAGAAGUGAGCUCAACGUCAGGUUGUCAGAUUCAGUGCGAGAGGCUGAGAGACUAAAUGGCCAAAUUGAAGAGAGAGACAGAGAAAUUGUCAUACUGAUGAGGAGGGCUGAGGAUCAGAGUGACAAUGAUGAGACUGACAUGCAGGUGAUGAGAGCUCACACUGAGACGCUGUUGGACACUCUGAGGGACAUCGCUCAGACUGUUUUGUCCGAUGGAGAGUCGUCAUCUGAGGCAGACCAGGACAGCACCGGGGCUCCGCUGCUAGCAUUGAUCCGUGGCUUCUCCCCUCACCGCUCCUCCCCUCCUCACAGGUCGUCCUCUCCCCCUCGGCCCCCCUCGCUGGCUCCUCUCCCCGAGGCGGCGCUCUCAGCUCUGCGCUCUGCAGUCACAAACAAGACGCUCCAGCUGCAGGAUGUUCGAGGGCGUCUGCUUUCUGCCCAGUCCUCGGUUCAACAGUUGCGCAAGCAGCUUUCAGAGACUGAUUUGACAAAAAGAGAUGCAGAACAGCGAAACCAAGCUCUGCAGAGAGAAAAGGAUGCUGCUCAGAGAGAGAGGGAGACAACACAGAGAGAGAAGGACCGUCUGAAGCAGGAGAGAGACACACUGGCCAGUGAGAAGGUGAGCUUGGAGAAGACCUUGCAGGCAGCACAGAGCAGCAACCAGAUCCUACAGAUGGACUGUGAGAAGCUUCAGCUGACCGUGGCGUCCACGCAGCGAGAGCGAGAUCACGAGAGGGAGGAGAAGGAGGCCGCCAUUCAGGAGAGAGGGCGGGCAAAGGCAGAGACUCAGAGGAUACAAAAGCAGUGGGAUCAGAGUGAGAGUCGAGCCUCGGCUCAGCGUGGAGAGCUGUCUGCAGUGAGGGAGACUCACCAGCAGUGGGAGAUUGAGCGGCAGCUGCUGGAGCGAGAGAGAGCCCAACUCUCUGAAGCACUUGCUCGGGCUGAGGGCAGUAACGCAGAGCUCUCUAUGCUGCUCAACAAGCUGCAGUCUGAGGAUGCAGCUCUCAGGGACUCUCUGGCCAAAAUGGGAAGCAUGAAUGAGGGAAUGGCCCAGGACAAAACUGAACUUAACAACUACAUUCUCCAACUGGAGGAAGAGAAGGCCCUCCUGCAGGCUCAGAAACGGGAGGCGGAGCAAGAGAAGUUGACCAUAAGAGAUGAGCUGGUCCGGUUGGAGCAGGACCGGCUGGAGCUGGACUCUGCCCGCAUCACACUUCACCAGUCACUCCAGGACGCCGAGCUUAGCCGGGUGGGGAUGGAGGCAGAGCUCCAGAGUCUCAGGGCUGAGAGAUUUAAGCUGCAGGAGAAAGUCACCCAGCUUUGUGGCGAGGUGACCUCUCUGGGAUCAGAGUUGAGUCUUGCCAAAGGAGAUGGCCAGAGAAACGAGGUGGCAUUAGAGGAAGCCGGCCGCGGUCGGGCAGACCUGGCCCGGGACAAAGCAGCGCUGGUGGUCCAGCUGACGGCGUCUGAGAGAGAAAACGCCAUUCUGUCAGAGGAACUGGCUGCUUUCAGGUCGGAGCGGGAGUCCCUGGAAACCAGUCUAUUCGAGGUGCAGCAGCAGCUUGUUCAGGUGGAGUCUCGUAGGGAGCAGCUGGAGACGGAGAACCAAAACCUUCGAGUCCGCUGUGAGACUGCAGCAGCUGAACUGAGGCAUGUACGCUCAGAUGGGGAGAAUGUGUUGGCCCAGGCUGAGAGAGAGAAACAAGCUCUGACUCAGACUCUAAAUGCUGCGCAGCUAGAGGCCCAGCAGGCGUUACGCAAGGCCAUCUCCGAACAUCAGGAGGAGGUGGAGAGGCUGGUCUCAGAAAAGGAAGUGGUGCGGCACAGCCUGUUGAUGGAGAAUGAGGGCACUCUGAGGAGGCUCCGGCAGGAGGCGGAGGAUCAGCUCCACAGAGCCGGGAGAGAAAGAGAGGAGCUGCAGGAUGAACUGAGGAGUCUCCAGCAUGACAGAGAUCAGAGUCUGCUGCAGGCAGAGACUGAGAAACAACAGGCCCUUUCUCUGAAGGAGGCAGAGAAAACCGUUUUGUCUGACAGGGUGUCCACCCUGCAGGCUGAGCUGUCAGCUACAGCCCUGGAGGCCGAGCGGAUGUCGAGAGAAGCAGCUCAUUACAAAGAGCAGGAGCAGAUCAGAGUUGGGGCUCUGACCAGCGAGCUGCUGGAGCUUCGCUCUCACCUGGAGGAUGCAGCUUCUGUUCAUGAAAGGGAACUCCAGAGUCUACAAGAGACUUGUACUGAUCUUCAGUCACGUGCUGAUGUGGCUCUCAAAGAGCUGGAUCAGUGCAGAGCUUCUCUCUCAGCUAACGAGGAGAGUCGAGACCAGCUGAGGCGGGACCUGUUGGACAGCGAACGACUUCUCAGCCAAACUCAGGACGCAGCAGAAAACAACAGAAGAGAGGGGACGGAGCUGCGACGCAGCCUCGCUGACGUCACCAAGGAGAGAGACACCCUCAGCCAGUCGAAUACUCAGCUGAGAGAAACUCUACGAAGUGCAGAAACGGAGAGAAUCAGUGUGAAACGACAGUGUGAGGAGAAGCAGCAGAGGCUGGCUGUGCUGGAGGAGAAUCUGUCGUCUAAUCAGAAGGAGGUGGCAGAGCUGCGCAGCUGCCUGAGAGAAGUUGAGAGGUCACGACUCGAAGCUCGCCGAGAACUCCAGGAGCUCCGCAGACAGCUGAAGGUUCUGGAUGGAGAGAAGGAGCAGAGAGAGAGGGAGGUGGCGGAGCUGCAGACUCGCCUGUCGCUGGAGGAGCAAAGAGAGGAGGAGAGAGGGAAAGAGGUUUUCACCCUCAAACAGAAGUUAUCUGAGGCUGAGACAGCUCGAGGCUCCCUCAAGAAAGAGCUUUCUUUGACUCAAAAGCGCCUGCUGGAGUCUGAGUCGGGCUGGCGGGGCUGCGAAAGAGAACUGACCGCUCAGCUGCAGGAGGCGCGUGGCUGCGAGAAGAAGAUGCAGGACGAAGCCAAGAACUUGGCCCUGCGCGCUCAGGUGGCUCAGGACUCCGCUGCUCAGUCCAGCCUGCAGCUGAGCGAGGCCCAGGGCCGACUGGCCGCCACGGAGGCAGAGCUGACCCGGGCCGAGGCCGGGAGGAGGGACCUGGAGUUUCGUCUGAGCAGCCUUCAGUCGGCACUGACGCGAACACUGGGUAUUGGAGCAGGCGGCAGGGGAGGCAGGGGGAGAAGCCCCGGGGGGAGCUCCACAUCACCAGCCACUAUGUCACGCUACCACAGCGUUUCGCCCCUGCGCUGCUCGCUGUCCCCUCCUAAAGAAUUUCGAGAAAGCACCCCUGACAAUACUUUAGGCUCAGUGUCUCCUGAGAGAGGGGAUACGCCGCUGCCUCUCCCUCAGCCAGAGCUGGACCCCGACACACUGCGCAGUGAUCUGAGAGACUUCCUCCAGGAGCUGCGUGAGGCACAGAGAGAGAGGGAUGAUACUCGAUGCCAGCUGGGGGCCCUGCAGCGGGAGAUGGAGGAGCUGACGGGGCAACGAGACUCUGCUCUGAGUCGUGUCACUCACCUACAAAACACCUUACAGGAAUACCAAGAAGGGAAGCGUGGACUGGACGAGCGUCUGACCACCACUCAGAGUUUGCUCCAGCAGCAGGAGGAGGUUGCGAGGAGAGGAGACAGAGAGAGGAGAGUGCUCACUGACAGGGUGAAGGAUUUAGAGCGGGCGCUGCAGGCUUCUGAGAUGGAUAAAAAACAUACACAGGAUCAGUUGAAUAAGCAGCGUGCUGCUGAGAUGCGUCUGGAGGCGGAGAGGAAGCGUCUGCGGGAGGCGCUGGAGGCAGCUGAAGCCCGGACCACCAGGGUGGAGCUGGGGAGGCGCAGUGUGGAGGGGGAGCUGCAGAGACUCAAACUGAGUCUGGGAGACCGGGAGACUGAUAGCCAGGCCUCCCAGGAGCGCCAUGACUCUCUACUGAAACAGGUGGCAGAAAGAGAAGCCUGUGUGUCUCUGCUCCAGAGAGAGGUGGAGAGGCUGAGCCAGGCUCUGCUCAAAGCUCAGGAAGGCGAGUCUUUACUCCAAGAGAAGACCUCUUCCCUCAAAAAGAGCCUUCAGGAGGCAGCGGCUUCUCACAGCUGCACACAGAGUCGUCUGACCGCUCUGCAGAAGAUGCUGAGUGUGGCUGAACAGGACAAAAGGCUUCUACAGGAACGAAUGGAUGAAGCCCGGGCGUCAUUAGUGGAGGGGAAAAGGAAUGUGGUCACCCUCACUGAGCGCGUGCAAAGCUUGCAGAGUGAGCUGGACCAGAGCGAGCUGAGACGAGAGGAAAUGGAGGCUGAGCUCAACAACACUCAAGAGGUGAGGGAGGCUCUGCGUCAGCGCUCGGCCAGUGUCGCAGAGGCUCAGCGCAGCGCCCAGUCAGCUCAAACAGAGCGGGCCGCUGUAGAGGAGCGACUGCGUGGGCUGCAGCGAGCCGUCGCCAUGCUUGAGACUGAGAAAAAAGAUGCUGAGAGACAGGCUGUGAGGCUGGAGAAAGACAAGGACGCACUGAGGAAUACACUGGAUAAGGUUGAACGUCAGAAGCUGAAGACUGAAGAAGGCAGCAUGCGGCUGUCGGCAGAGAAAAGCCGCUUGGAUCGCUCUCUGAACACCACUGAACAGGAGCUGCAGGAAGCACAGCAACAAAUACUGAUGCUGCAGACUCAGCUGGCUGAGACGGAGCAGGUACAGAGUCUGUGUGAGAGUUUGGUGAGGGAGCGUGACGAGGCCCAGCGGGAGGCGGACAGACUGAGGACCAGCUUCAGGGACGUAGAGCGAACGCUGGGCACCAGAGAACGAGCUCACCGACAUAGAGUCAAAGGCCUGGAGGAGCAGGUGUCCACCUUGAAGGAGCAGCUGCAACAAGAGAUAAAACGGCGGCAACCUUCUCUUCAAUCCUCCUUAUUGUCGGCAGGAAAGUGAGAUACAGCUUAAUACCAGAAGCACCAGCACUCCACGUCUAAUCCAGGGAAAAUCCACUCAUCAUGAAUGUCUGAAAGCAAUAUUUACUCACAGACACGUUCCUAAAAGUAUUCAUAGUCUAACUCUACUGUUUAAAACAUGAUUUAUUUUACUUUGUGACACUGAAAUGAAAACCACUGUCAUUUGGGUGUUUCAUUGAUAUUUUGUACUGUGACGAACACAUAACGACCUGCAGCACACACUCAGCCAAUGACAGGCGAAGGAACGGAGCGAUGUGAUGCAGCAGCUGUGCUAAAAACGCCAUCCGCCUGCUGAUUGCUGGCAACCAUCUGUACUUGAUCCUUGCUCAACAUCUUCCCAAACUUUCUGCUCUUAAGAAGAAAACCCAAAUCACCGCGAGGAUGUUCCUCCAGACAGAAUCUGGAUUUAGUACAGGAAUGAAAAUCUGCCAGUUGUGCAGUUUGGCCCAGAUUCCUCCACAUUUAUAUUAUCAGUCGAGGACAUGAAGAGAAUGAAAGGAAGGUCUUCACUGUGUGCGAGUGCCAGGAAACAAACAAAUUGAGCAUAAUGAGCUGCACUGUACUUUCUCUCAGAAAACGAUUUUAUUCAUUAUGUGUUCUAUACACAGUUUUAUAACUGAAAAAGGGACCAUAAGGCACUGCAGUAUGAUGGUAAACUUACAGUAUGUGUUUUGUAUUAGUGAAUAUUAGUUUUACUAGGUGUAUAUACUUUGUACUUACUGUAUAAACGCUGAUCGAGUGAUGAUUAAUAAUAGCAAUAUGACUUGUAUGGACAAUACACAUGGCAGCCACAUGUCUGCAGGAGCUUAAACUCACCAUAAUUCAUGUCUUUCAUAAAUACCUUUCAGUGCACUGAGCUGCAGCCUCAGAUUAUGUUACAGUGAUGACUUACAUUCGACUCAAUCACACACUGAACAGCUGUAGUAAAAAAAAGUUUAUUUUUUUUUCUCAGUCUUUAUAGUGACAGUUUUACAAAGCAGUAGUAGAGGCCGUUUGUGAGAUGCCUUUUUAAAGCACUUGUUGCCACUGGAAUAUAUUUAUAUAAGCUUGCUGCUUGGUUGCUAAGCACAGAUCCAGGUGGCAGUAGUACAUGAACCGAGGUCACUCACCACCUGUUUCUUCACACAUCUCAUGAUCUAGCAUGGCUCGAUAUUGAUUAGUUUUGUCUGAUGUCAGUGCACAGUGGCCACCAUUGAUGAGUUGAUUAUCAUGAGAAUGACUGCUUUUCAACACAAGUACAGUAACAUAUCAACAAAGCAUGAGAUUAAUAUGGUACAGUAUGCCAAAAACAAUUGAAGAUGUUCCACAGUUUUAUGUGCAUCUCUAAUAGUUUUUAUAGCACCAGUGUGAUGAUUUUAUAGCACCAGUGAUUUAAUACAAUCAUCAAUGUUCUUUGGAGGAUAUUCAUCCAUACACACAGGAUCUACUGGGCAAACAUACAUGUGAAAAGACAAAGAUAAACACACACACAAAAUGCUUUUCGCACAGGAGUAAUAAGUUGUACAGGAAGAGUCAAAAGGCAAAGUGAGGAGAAACUGGGAGGAAGAAUGAGGACGCAGUAAGAGGAUGUGGGUGAGUGUUAGAAAAAGCGGCAGUAUCUGGGCAGGUGAUCUCUGUAGUCAAUCAGCAGCCACCACAGCUCUUCCCACAGCUUGGUCCUAGUGAUGCACACUGGCCGCUCUGCGCCGCAACGCCGCAGCGAGAGAACUGAUCACGGCACAGGUCCGCUAAACACGCAGAGACAGUUAAAAUGAGUCUCAGUAUACAAAACACAAAAAACACAAAUACAGAGUACAGUGAACGCACCUCUGAGCAGCUCUUCAUGUGCACACACGGUCCUCACGCAAACCUCCUUGUUGAUGACGUACACCCGUCGCAAACUUAAUGGAAACGUAUGUAGAAAUUACAAAAGAGUCAUCUUCACAUCAGUCAAAACUCUACUUAAAGAAUAAGUCUGGAAAUAUUCUGUAUUCUGUCAGCAAUUUCAAUGAAAAGAUCAAACCCAACAAUGAA